AUAAUAAUAAUAACAUAGAUACCAGUAUAACGUGUAACGCGUAGGUAAUUCAGAGUUAAAGAAAUAUCCUCGCGUUUAAAAUAUAAAUUCGUAUUAUUUAUAAUAAUCAUUUUGUGUUUAUUAUAUAAUUUUAUACAGUGCGCUGUUACAAUCGAUGUGCAUAUUUAUUGCUCUGUUACUAUUAGUACCUAUGUUUUUGUGAUCAGAAGCCUAACAAUGCAAACGUCAAAAAUACGUCCUGUCUUUAAGUACGCUGUUAUUAAUUUUAAUUGGUUCAGGUUUGUUUCGAAUGUCAACAACAUAGCAGUAAACAUAUCUGAAACGACACGGCAACUGAAGUCGUGGGAGGAGAUUCCUGGUCCAUCGUCUUUGCCAAUUAUAGGUGCUCUUCAUCAUUUUCUUCCAAAUGGUCUUCUGUACACAACUGAGGGAUUUGAGAUGCAAGAACGAUUAUAUAAAGCGUUUGGACCCAUCGUGAAACUGCCCGGUAUGUUUGGUGCACCGAGCUUAGUUUUACUUUUUGAUGCAGAGAGUAUGGCACAUGUUCUGCGAAGUGAGAACUGGAUGCCGAAGCGUCCUGGGUUCCAAUCAUUAGAACAUUAUAGAAAAGAAUAUAAGAAAAGUGAUGGCAAUCCUGACAGAAUUACGGGACUUGUAACUGAUCAAGGCGAACAAUGGAAGAAGCUGCGCUCCAUGGUUAAUCCUGUGAUGCUGCAGCCGAAAACUAUAAGGCUCUACUCCACGAUACUUGACCAAGUAGCUGUAGAUAUGAUUGAAAGGAUGAGAUCAAUUCGUGAUGAGAAUAAUAUGAUAAGAAGUGAUUUAAGCGAAGAAAUGAACUUAUGGGCUUUGGAGUCUAUUGGGGUUGUAGCACUCGGCGGUCGCCUCAAUUGCUUUGAUCCUAAUCUACCUGCGGAUUCUCCUGUGAAAAAGCUCAUUCAAAUAGUACAUGACUUUUUCAAUACCGCGAACAAGUUAGAUUUUCAACCGAGUCUAUGGCGAUAUUACCCAACUAAAACUUAUAAGAGAGCGAUGAAAUUAUAUGAAGAGCAAGAAAACUUGAAUAGAUAUUUCAUAAAAAAUGCCAUGGACAAGUUACAAUCAAAAAAGAGUUCAGAAAAUGAGAAAGGAAUUUUAGAGAAGCUGCUUGAGAUUGACGAACACGUUGCAAUUUUAAUGGCGAGCGAUUUGUUAUUCGCGGGUGUUGACACCGCAGCCCAUACAAUAAUACCAAUAUUUUAUUUUCUGGCAACAAAUCCUGAAAAGCAAAAUAAAUUGAGAGAUGAACUAUUAUCGAAAUCGGAUAAACGACCAUAUCUGAAAGCGUGUAUUAAAGAAGCUAUGCGAAUGAUGCCAGUAGUGGCGGGUAAUAUGAGAGAAACUUCGAAGGAGUAUAACUUACUUGGAUAUAAAAUACCAAAACAGACUUAUGUGACAUUCGCACAUCAGUAUACUUCUAUGAUGGACUCUCAUUACCCGAGACCACGCGAGUACAUUCCGGAGCGAUGGAUAGUUGAUAAAGACGAUCCCUUGUACCACGGCAAUGCUCAUCCGUUUGCCUUUAGUCCUUUUGGAUUUGGAGUCCGAGGCUGUAUAGGGCGUCGCAUAGCUGAGUUGGAGUUGGAAGCGUUCCUUGCUCGUGUCGUUCAGAACUUCCACAUAGAGUGGUUUGGAGAACCACUUAAACAAUAUCAAAGCUCUUUGAAUUACGUAAAAGGGCCUUUUAAUUUUACCUUUAAAGACGUAUGAUAUAAAAUAAUUGGAUCAAGGGCAAUAAGUAUAGUUUCAUUAAUGGUAAUAAGUAUCACGGUAAGACUGUUUCCAAGUGAUAUCUGAGAUUUAUAUUUUAUAGUAUAUAAGUUUAUUGUAUUUAUAGAAAAACUAAAAAACUAAAUUUUAUAUAUUAAAGAAUUUGGUUUUGUUUGCAAAAUUGUUUAUAUAAUAAUCAUUUUUUUUUUAAUAAAAAAUCUUAUAAGUUAUUAUAUUUAUUAUUUUACCGUUUAUAUUAGAUAAAAAUCGAUACACGAAUCGAAGGACAACGUAAGUCAGAAUACACUAUUUUGCGAUUUUAUAAACAUUUGAUCAGAAAUCAUUGUAAGUGCAUGUUAUUUCACUCCACUACAAAUAAUAGUUACUAAAACAAAACUGUAUUUACAAUUACGUUUAGAAUUUUAAACCGUUCGCAAUGCGCAAUCACAUCAACUCGGGAACUUUUCAGAUAUGCCAGUUUUCCUGCACCGCCGAGAACGUGGUAAAUGGACACUUCAAAUUGCAAUUAAAACAUAAGCUAAAUUAAAUAAUAAUGCUUAUGUACUAUGAAAUUUAUGUUUGGAUCAGUGUGAAUACCGUCUUUGACAAAUAAUGGUUUUUUGAUACUCAAUAGUUAAAAUUAUAAAAAAAAUCACAGGUUCAACCAUUGGAUGAAUGAUUUGCUUUACAUGAUUAUGUUAACAUAAAUAUAAAAGUAAUUACAUUAUAUUUGAUACAAUUUAUUAAUUAAUUUUAAAAUUUAAAUGAAUAAAAAACAAUGAAAUGUGUCAUUAUUUAUUUGUUUGAAAUAUUGCUAGGCCAUUAUUUAAAAAUGUACAUAAUAAAACGUUAGUUAUUAUUCAAUAUAUUUAUGUCAUAAUUAGAUUUCUAACAUACUUAACUCUUUUCUCAAAUUCUAUAUCCACUAAUGUUUUGUUUACGUUCCUUUUUUUUGUUAUUUUUUUUAAUUACUUUAAAUGAUUUCCAAAAAUAUUGUACUUCGUAUGCCAACAGGGUAGGACAUAGUUGAACUGGAUUAUAUAAUAAUGUGUCUAACCUCUAUGUAAUACCUAUGAUCCACGAAAUAAAUGAUUAUGAUUAUGAUUAUGAAAAUAAAAUAAACCUUUGUUUAAGG